UUCAUUUCACUACUGUGUCUCCAUCUCAGGGAUCAAUCGUAUGAGCCACAACAGAUUUUAUUACAUAUAUUUUUAUAAGAAUACCUGAAACCCUUUCACUUAAAAUUUAAAGCCAUUGAAAAGUUUCAAAGUUAGUAUUAACUUGAAAAAGUUGUGGUUGCGUAGAGUUUGGCGGGCGAAGGCUAAGCGGCGCGGUCCGCCCCGAGGCGGGCGGUGGGCGGGGCGGCGCGCUAUAUAAGCUUCUGCAUGCUUCAAACUUUGUUAUUGCAUGUGCGCAAUCACAUCGGAAACGUGACACCGAGUAGCCACAAGUGACGGUCCGCUCCCGACGACCACAUCAGAUUUUAUCAACUCUCAGCGAAAAUAUAUAGCCAUGUCUCCGAGUUGCGUGUUCGCGCUUGCGGUCUGCGGUCUGGCAGCGAUCUGCACUUUGCCCGUAGCUAACGCACAGGCGCUCGUCUCGCCAUAUGAAUCAUCAGCGGUGUCGGACAGUCAGAACGGCUGGGGCGCGCUCGGCGGGCUGUACGCGCUGCUGGCGCAGCACGACGCGCUCGGCGGGCACGCGCUCGCGCGCAAGUCCGUGCGCUCUCCCUCCCGCCGGCUGCGCUUCGGCCGCCGCUCCGACCCCGACAUGCCACCUCAGGCUCCCCUGGAUGAGAUGAACGAGCUGCUCUCCCUGCGCGAGGUCCGCAGCCCCGUGCGCCUGCGCUUCGGCCGCCGCUCCGAGGAACGCGCCGUGCCCCACAUCUUCCCCCAGGAGGAGCAGGACCGCGCCGUGCGAGCCCCGUCCAUGCGUCUCCGCUUCGGCCGCCGAUCAGACAACAACAUGUUCUUACUGCCCUUCGAGUCCGCCGUGCCCCAGGAAGUGAAAGCCAGCGGCUCCGUAGAAGACGACAGACAACAAGAAUAAAUCAACACCAUAUCUGCGUAAACCCACAUAGACAUAUUCCCGCUCCGUCAAUACUAUUACAAUCUUGAUUAAGCCAAAUUUAACCAUAACUACAUAGAUAUAUGAUUCAUAUUUAAAUAAAUAAAAACUGAUCUUUUGAUGUUGUUCAAAUUAAUUGUAAGCUAUGUGUACAUAAUUAAUCAGUUAGUACAUUGAAUGUUGUUAACCAAAAUGUUAUUAGAGGAUCUAAUAUAAACGUCAUAUCCUUUAUUCUUUCCCAGUAUUAUAAUAUAUAAUAUGUAACAUCUUUAGAUUAUCGAAGGGCUUUUUUCCGAUGACAACAUACGAUGUGAACGAUAUUUAUCGAUACUCUAGUCAGUACUUGCUGUUAUAAGACUGUAUUUUAUGUUUAACUCUAUUUCCAAUUAUAUUUUAUUGAAUGUAUUAACUUUUGCGAAGAGUUAUACAUUUUUAGAGCUGGGCAAAUGUAAAACUUCUUCGCUUCUUGUAAGUAAUUAUUUUGGUCGAUGCGUUGCGGUGUAAUGUCGUAGUUCAUUAAAUCAUUACACAAAAACAUUAUUUAUAUUAUUAAGUGUAGUGAAACUAUGUUUAGUUUUGUAUGGAUAUUAUAGAGCAAUUAAUGAGUUGAAAAAUAAAACAUUUCCAACGGAAA